CUCGCUGGUAGAUAAUGAAGAGCACGCAGCUCAGCUGUGAGCAUUUGGCAUGUGUGUUUCCACGCAGGAAAUGAUUCCCACGCGCACUUGACGCAACGGGACAACCAUCAGGUGAAGAGGUGCCAGACGAUUCUAAUGUCAUCGCUACGCGAGAGAGUCGAUACGUAACGAAGAUCCGGAUAUGGGGAAGACUACUAGGGUAGUCGUUUGUGGGAUGAAAGGAGUCGGCAAGACCGCCCUACUGGAGCAGCUCAUUUAUGGAAAUAUCAGCGCGAAGAAGGAAAUCCAUCCCACAAUCGAGGACAUUUAUGUCGCCAACAUUGAGACUGAUCGUGGCACAAAGGAGAAAGUCAGGUUCUACGACACAGCUGGACUUGAAUCUUUACAGAGCAAUGUAAACAAUCAGCAGCUUCCACGACACUACCUUGGCUUCGCUGACGGGUAUGUCCUGGUAUACGACACUGGCAAACCUGAGUCUCUCGACGUGCUCUUUCCGCUCAAAAAGGACAUCGAUAAGAAUAAGGAUAAGAAGGAGAUAACUGUGAUUGUAAUCGGCAAUCGGACAACGAAAACCGAUGCCGUGCUGAAUAAUUUAGAAAACACUGCGAGUAAAGCGACUAACUGGUGCACUAGAGAAAAGAUUAAGCAUUACGAGGUAAAUGUCAUGGAUAGGUCUACCCUGUUCGAGGCAUUUGUAUAUUUAUCAUCCAAGCUGAACCCUCCCACUAAUAAAAGUACAUUUUCACAACUAAGUAUGGGUAGAAAGACUGUCAAAACCGAAGCACAGUGAUGCAUGACAAUUCAAUGGCAUUGUAUAAACAUUAAGGUAGUUGCAAUAUAUGAGUCCUUUGUGAAUUUCGUACUCAGGUAUAAUGUAUUUAACAAUGGCGAAAUGCCGCAAUAUGGAUGUGCUUUGAGAUCUCAA